GUAGCAUGAAUUAACUUGGCGCGGAGGGAGGCGCCGCGCUCUGCAGCCUACGGGUUUCGAGUCUUGCCAGAGCCCACAUGGGCCGCUGGCUUGGGGAAGGGGGCGGAGGAGAGGGAGGGCAGGUCCGGAGCAGAAAGGGUGGAGGAGGGGGGAGACCGAAGGAAAUGAGACAACCUUUUCCUCCCACUGACUCGGGCUUCUCCAGCGUUUGCGGAGCUCAGCACCACAACUCGUGAGCGCAGAGGCCGGUACCCCGCGCCCCCAGCUUAGCCCGGACUCUAUCGGGUCGCCAGAUUUCUCUGCGGGGCAGGGGUGCCAGCCCAAGCCCGGGACAGCACUUUGCCGAGUACUCUCCUUGGAGAGCGGGCUCUAGGUCUCGCCGCUUGGCUCCGGAGCGUCCGGAGCGCAGCCCCCGGAAGUGCGCCCCGGCGGUCCGGCGAAGAAGCCAUCCGGGAAGCCAACUGGGGCCAACCAAGUUUAGAAUCUUUACUGGUUGAAAUCAACAUCAUCAGGGAUGACCUGUUCUCAUCAGCUAAUUUUCUGCUCCUGACAACACAUCUGAUGCUAGGAGGAGAGGGAGAGUGCCACGUUGGUUCAGCUUAGCGUCUCCAGGAGUCCUCCUCUGGAUGCCACAUGAAGCUGCCCUUCAGCCCUAGCACGGAGCCAGUGAACACGGAGCACGUGGAGAUGAAUUUCCUCAGCAGCAUUCUUGCAACCUAUUCCUUUGUGUCCAAAAACCCUGAGCGAGCAGCUCUGUACUUUGUCUCUGGCGUGUGCAUUGGGCUGGUCCUGACCCUGGCUGCCUUGGUGAUGAAGAUCUCUUGCCACGCAGACUGCCGGCGAGGUCCCCGCAGGAAGUUCCCACAGGACGGUGAGAACAGCAGCAGCGACAGCAGUGACAGUGAGGAGGACAGUUCGGACACCACAUCCGACAGGUCAGUGCGGAGACACCGCCGCUUUGAGAGGACUUUGAACAAGAAUGUGUUCACGUCUGCGGAGGAGCUGGAGCGCGCCCAGCGGCUGGAGGAGCGGGAACGCAUCAUCAGAGAGAUCUGGAUGAAUGGCCAGCCGGAAGUGCCUGGCACCCGUAGCCUGAACCGCUACUACUAGGGGAGCAGCAGUAACACCCCCGGAAGCUGCCUGGAAAGGGGAGAGUCUGCAGGGGCGGUGGGCACAAGGAGCUGAACCCAGCUCCUCUAAUGUGAUGGCAAAGAAAAGCAGGACAUGCCAGUUUUCUAACGAGAACUGGUUUCUCCUUUGGAUUGCUCUAUGGAGUUUAAGAAAAACCAAGUUGGUUCAUCAACCUUUCCGGUUUUGGAAUGGUGCUGAAACCCAGUCUCCAACACUGUAGAUGGAGAUUUGAGAAACAGGACUAUGAUUUCUCCAUUUCUGAGGAUCUCAGAAGUUUCUGCAGACUUCAUUGCUAUGUGCUAUUCCUUUUCAAAAGGAAAGAUUCUCAUAGUAUGACAGCUGGAGAUAUCAGGGUGACUUUGACCCAGGAAAUGCCAUUUUCUAAAUGUCUCCAUUCUAUGGAGGAGAUUCCCAUCCAGAUAGCAUGAUCUAUGCUUAUUAUUUAAAGCUAGUUUUUUUAAAAAAAUUGUGUUGCAAUGGCAACCUCUCCAUUUUAACUGGCACCUCAGGGAUUAAAAUCCUAUUUUUUAGUGUAGUCCCCACCUCAUUCAUGAAAAUGAACAGAAUUAUUGUAUUAUGGGAGAUGUGUCAGUGAACUAGAAAAUGUCAAUAAUCUCAGAGGAUGAAGGGUUUUUAUUUUAAAUCGUUUAUGAUAUAUAUAUAUAUAUGGACAUGCAUAUUUGAAAAUGCUGCAUAAGAAUAAAAGUUGUGUAUCCUCCCCCUUUGGAGAGAAGCGUUUAUUAUGAUUCCAAAUAAUCAUGAUGUUAAACACUUUGUUUUUUAAAAAAAUUGAUUUUCCAAGAAACAAGUGAAUAAUGGCAGGUGAGAGUUAAAGCCAAAAUUAAGAUGGGAUUAAAAAAAUAAAUGUUACAUGAAGUGUUUUUUGUUUGCUUGUUUCAUGUCUGUCUCUUUGGUUACACU